GCUUCUAAAUCUGUGCUGGUUCCCCAAAUUUGUUCACUUUGCAUUUUUUCCCCCCAUAUUUUAAGGCCUCCAGGUCACAACAUUAUCGUGAAUGGCAAGGAAUGCAUAAACUUUGCAUCAUUUAAUUUUCUUGGGCUUUUGGAAAAUGAAAGGCUUAAAAAUGCAGCCCAGGCAUCUCUGGCAAAAUAUGGUGUUGGCACAUGUGGCCCUAGAGGAUUUUAUGGCACUUUUGAUGUACAUUUGGAAUUGGAAGACCGACUUGCCAGAUUUAUGAAGACUGAGGAAGCUAUCAUAUAUUCUUAUGGAUUUGCUACAAUUGCCAGUGCUAUUCCUGCUUAUUCAAAACGGGGUGACAUUUUGUUUGUUGAUGAAGCAGCCUGCUUUGCUGUCCAGAAAGGGCUACAGGCGUCCAGAAGUAACAUUAAGUUUUUUAAACAUAACGAUAUGGCUGAUUUGGAGCAUUUAUUACAAGAGCAAGAGAUUGAAGAUCAAAAGAAUCCUCGAAAAGCCCGUGUAACACGAAAAUUUAUUGUGGUAGAGGGGUUAUUUGUUAAUACUGGGGAUAUUUGUCCUCUGCCAGAAUUGGUAAAGUUAAAAUAUAAAUACAAAGUGAGAUUAUUUUUGGAAGAAAGUCUCUCCUUUGGAGUAUUGGGAGAACAUGGACGAGGAGUUACAGAACAUUUUGGAAUAAACAUUGAUGAUAUUGAUCUUAUAAGCGCAAAUAUGGAAAAUUCUCUGGCUUCUAUUGGAGGAUUUUGCUGUGGACGAAGCUUUGUUAUCGACCACCAGAGGUUGUCUGGGCAAGGCUAUUGCUUUUCAGCCUCUCUGCCUCCUCUCCUAGCUGCUGCUGCCAUUGAAGCUCUCAAUAUCAUGGAAGAAAAUCCAGGCAUUUUUCAGGUUUUACAACAAAAAUGUAAGCACAUAUACAAAGUUUUACAAGGAAUUCCUGGUCUACGAGUGGUGGGACAGUCAUUUUCCCCAGCAUUACAUCUCCAGUUAGAAGAAAGUACUGGAUCUCGAGAAAGUGACAUGAGGCUACUGAAAGAAAUUGUAGAUUAUUGUAUGAACAGAGGAAUUGCUUUAACUCAGGCUCGCUAUUUGGAAAAAGAGGAGAAAUAUCUCCUUCCACCCAGCAUACGAGUUGUAGUGACCGUAGAACAAACAGAACAGGAACUGGACAAAGCUGCCUCCCUUAUCAGAGAAGCUGCAGAAUCUGUACUAAACUGAGGCUGGAUCGCUUGGAUUUCUGUCUCACACAACACUAGGAUACUGUUUUUCCUACAGUGUGAUGACUUGCACUUCAAAGAUUUAAGUUAUUCAGACUAUCAUCUGAUGGAACUGAAAGCUUGACUUUAUUGGGUCAUUUCACACACAAAAACAGAUAUACAAAUACUGGAAUACUGAACAUACACUGUAUGUGUAAAAUUUAGCUCUAUUUUUAGAUAGUUUAAAUUGGGGAUCAUUGUUACACUGAUAUUUCACAUGAGCAAAAUGUCAUCUCUGUUCCUAAAAAUCUUCUUUCUUUCCCUAGUUUUCUAAAUGCAUAACAAACUUUUUUUGAAAUAUAAUGUUAAAGAACAUGAAAGGAUUAUGAAAUAUUAGUUUAAUCACUCUCAAUAAAAUAUACUGUUUUGAACAUUUUUCAGAAGGUUCCUGUUGUCAAAAUGGAUACUUAAAAUGAUAUUAUGGGAUCCUAGUUUAGAAUUAAGUACUUAAGGAGCUUUUAUUACCCUGGUAUAUGAAUUUUUGUUCAGAUCAUUCCACCUUUGAAAUUCUAGAAAACAUCAGCUUUUUAAAAAUCUUGUUGAAUUUAAAUCACAUAUCUCAUUUCAUUCCAGUACCAUUAUGAGUUGCCAUUUCCCUUUAUUCACUAUAUACUUAGCUUUUACACCAGUGCCCCAAUCACCAAUACUGCGGUCAUUUAGAGCCAUAAUAUGGACAUAAAGUUACCUAUUUACACUUCAGGUCGAGCGUCCAGUGCUUUGUAUAUUAAAAGAGUUUUACACAGGGUUGAUGUCUUCAUUAAAUACAGUUUGAGAGCCAGUAUUUGACAGCAAGAAUAGAGAUUGGGCACAAAGAGAAUAUAACAGUAAUUUGGUAGGUGCUUUAAUCACUGGAUAAAUUAGUUUAGUAAUGAUAUCUAUGUUAUAUAUGCUUACUCAUCAAUACUGCUAAAAUUUUUAACAAAUUAAAAAUUUGUACAUGUCAUUGCAUGGAGUACAUAUCACCUGUAAUAAAGUAUUUCCAAACGUUAUACCUAGAACCUACUUGUUUGAGAUCACAAUUAAAAUCUUUGGUAUACAUUUGCAGGAGAUUAAAGCAACAGUCAGUUAUACUGCAGAAGAUACAAUAUGCAAACAUUCUUGUAGCCUUCAAGAUAGCUGAGAUGUUGUAUUACAUGUAGUGUGAAUUGCCAUAAGUAGGGUUCCAAAGUCAUGAUUAAGACUAUGUUUAAGAUUUUCCAAUAUGUCCAGGUUGGAUUCUUUACCCUUGUGCCUUCUUUGGUUGCUGCUAAAUGGAUUCCAGUGCUAUAUUUGGACAUAUUUUUUUAAUAAAAACAUAUAUUUGAUCCAG